GUGCUGGGGGGCAAAAAGAAUUUUCUAAUCCGUCACCAUUGUGCCAAUUGUCUAUAAAAAUUAAUGUGCGAGUGAAGCUCUGUCUUCACAUGAGGGGCUAUCAAAUUUCCAAAUCACUGUUCAUGAAAGAAUACAAUCAAAGAAAUGAAUGACUCUGAAGACACCAAGGAGGGCGAGAGUAGGAGCAAAGACCAAAUAGAUGGCACAGGGAUGAGCGUGGGCAACAGGAAAGGAGUGAGGGUGACUGGGAGAUAUGCACCUCCUGUAGACUGGAGCAGCAGAGGAGGAGGUCCAUCCAUCGUCCACUCUCUCACCAGCACCCCCAUACCUCCAGACACCCCCACUGUGAUCUCCAUCGGUCCUCUGCCUCACAGGUCCACCGAACGAGUAGAUGAUCCCAGGCUGGAAGAGCCGUCUGUUGAGGAAGACUGGACCAAGGAGGGGUCAUCUCAAACCAGGGUGUCCUACGGUGAGAUGGGUGUCCCCAGGCAGACCAUGGAGGAGCUGAAGACCAUCCUGAGGCACAGCCCUCUGCUCAACAUCCGGGGAAGAGAUGACGGGAAGCCAGGGAGUCCGUAUACGUACCUCCAUGGGGGCAGCAGCAGGAGUGGUAGAGGUGGUGGUGGUAGGCCAGAUGGACAGCAGGACGAUGGAAACUCCCACAGGGUGUUCAGCACCUUCAAACCCCACUCUGAUGCUUCCAGAAGGGGGCCCAGGUCCAGAGAGAGCACAUCUAUUCAGCUGCCUUCCAGCAUGGAUUCAUCCAGCUCAUUCAGGUCUGAUGCCAACACAAAUAGGCAGUCUGGAGUCAGCGCACACUCAUAUGCCAGCGGUGGCUCCUGGGAAGAGACAAGCGCUUCUAAUACAGAUAACGGGAACGAGGCGGUCGAGUUCGCUGGUAAUCAGAGGUUCUUUGCAGCCAUGGAGCAAAUCAAACAGCAGAUCGCCCGAGAGAACAUCAACUUUGUGCGCUUCGAGGCCACCGAUCUUCACGGGGUGUCGAGGUCCAAGACCGUGCCUGUUCGCUUCUUCCAUGAGAAAGCCGUGUAUGGGGUUCCAAUGCCGAGAAGUUACUUGGAGUUAACGCUGAGUCCUAAGAGCAAUGAAGUGGACCACGCCAGCGCCGCCAACUUCAGCAGUGAUGUCCUUUUGAUCCCUGACCUUUCGACCUUCAGAGUCCUACCCUGGGCUGAGCAGACAGCCCGGGUUAUCUGCGACCCAUGCACAGUGACAGGAAACCCCCUUCGCACCUCACCACGCCUCAUCGCCAAGCAGCUCCUUGGUCAGCUCCAAAGCCUGGGAUUCUCCCUCCACUCCUCCUUCACAUACGAAUGCUGCGUUCUGGGAGCGCCAGAUCGAAUCGGCCCAAAGACGCUCCUGUUCCCAGCUACCACCCUGCUGAGCAACCACGACCUGCCUUUCUUCCAGCAGCUGGUGGACAGCAUGUACUGCAUGGGCGCAGACAUAGACAGCAUUGCCUCUGCCAGCGGGCCCGGCCAGAUGGAGAUCAACCUGAGGCCAGAGUUUGGGAUUGCGGCCGCAGAUAGCGCCUUCACCUUCCGCACUGGCAUCAAAGAAAUGGCUCGUAAACACAGCUACAUCGCCAGCUUCUUCACAGAUGAUGGUCUGUACAAUGCUGGGGUGCUUUCUCACAGCUUGUGGGAUGCCAAUGGGCGACGUAGCCUCUUCCACAGUGGGGAGAAGGUGGGCGAGCUUUCUGAGAUAGGCAGGAAAUGGCUGGCCGGGCUCCUCACCCAUUCUGCCGCCCUUAGCUGCCUGAUGUCGCCAGGCCUCGGCUGCCGGAGCCACAUUGCCAAGACGAUCAAAGACCCCAAACGGAUGCUCUACGCCACCUGCGGCAGCAACGAUAACAGCAGCUCCUUCAACAUCAAAUGUCAUGGUGGGAGGGAGACACACAUUGACAACAAGCUGGGCUCAGCCAUGGCCAACCCUUACAUCGUGCUGGCCGCCACAGUGGCCGCAGGAUUGGACGGCAUCAGACGAAACCUGAAUGUAGAGAGCGAUCUGAACAAAGCCCCUGGUCAGCAGAAGGAAUUUGCCAUUCCCGUGAAGCUCGAUGAUGCCCUGGAGGCUCUGGGGGACGAUCUUGUAAUUCGCAGCACCCUCGGAGAGCCAUUUGUUCAGUAUUUCAUCGCCAUGAAAAAGUUUGAGAUUGAGACCCAGGAACUGGACGAUGAAAGGAACAAGUGCCUGGAGUAUUUCAUCUAGAAACACAGUUCCCCAUGCCAUGCAAAUAAAAGCACGAGAAACAACGGCUUGGAUAUAAAAGCUCUUUAUUUUAUACUAUAUUAUGUUGAUACCUCAUUAUUAUUAUUAUACAGAUUGUAGAUAUUUUUCAGAGUCAUUUCAAAAUAAAGGCAUAUAUACCCCCCCAAAGUGCAAUGUGUUGUGCAAUUUGAUUUUUGUCUUUACAUAUUUUUUACUACUUUGAACAAUACAGUUCAUUGCUCAUUUAUUAGCACUACAUUCAACCAUUUGAUAAAAAAAGGAGGUCGCAUUGUUCUGCACUGAAUGAGUAUGCCAGGGAAGAAAGCUACAGUAUGUUGCCACCCUAAUGUUGAGAAGUUGCCUCUCCAUUUUGGUUUCAUCCAAGUCUUGUUUUCUGGUGUGUAAUGAACAAAACAACCUCUAGGGGUCUUAUUUUCCUGUAGUUUGAAAGAGUUAUGACCUCAGAAUCAAAUAGUUUGUCUACUGAACCUCUCAUCUCUUCACAAAAAAGACAUAAGUGAGAUUCUAUGUGUGAUUGAGUACCUUUGAGAUGCAUUUAAUAUUUAAGGUACAGUGAGCUGUAUGUUUAUAUUUACAGGCUAUGUUUCACAUGUAAAAAUGUAAAUUUGUUGGUGUUGCAAUUCAUUUCAACAGAAAAUGUCAUCCAUUUUCAGAAACAAAGCAUCUAAAAAACUAUUUCAGUUCAAGGUCCACUUACUGGGUACUCUGAAGCUUUGGAUCAUAUCUUAUGAUCUUCCUCAGGAGAUGGAGUUUUCCCAUUUGUGCCAGAAUUACAGAUGUUUUAACACCUAAAAGACAUAGAUUAGUAGGAAUUAAAGUGCUCAGAAAAAUAUCUAUAAUUACAUGACAACUGGGUGAACUCUAGUCUGCUGAAGAGGAUCACAAGUCAUGGAUGAAAGCCCCAAAACAACCACUAAAUGGACACAGAGGUGAGCUUUGUUUUCUAAACACAUUUUAGAAGUCAAGAAUAAACUUCCACUCACUCCAAAAAACAUUUAUACUUUAAUUUACCCCAGGUAAAUUGUGGUACCUGUCCAUGCAGAUAGUUGUAGCGUUGUUAUACUAUCACACGUAGCAUCUGUUCCUGUCAGUUCAGCUGCUAUACCUAUACAAUGGAUGUGAAUGGAAUUUUGCUAGUGCUGCUACAUGCAUUCAAAAUGUAUAUUUAAGUACUCAACAGCAGAAUAUCUUUCCAGAAGUAACUUCCUAGUUACUCUGGAUAAUCAACAGACCCAGAAAACACUCUGUGAUCAGUUUUCAAAAGAAUUAUUUCCUCAAUGGAAAGUAGUUCUGAAUGAAACAUUUAGUCAGUGUGGUUGUAUUGGAUGUUGUGUUUAAUUAAAUAUCUGGAUUUUGGUGUUUCACAGCCAUAUGCUUCAAUGAGGAUGGCUGGAGCAAUAAGACUAUGGAGAUAUGACUCCAUAUUUGAAAAUUAGAUAUCACUGUUUUUGAUUACUUUAUCUGUGGCUCUUCCUACUGAAGACAUACAUACUUUAAUAUAGUUCACAAAUAUAUAUACAAUUUCAACUUUAAAAAAGGGUAAAUAAUUUCCUAGAACAGCUGGGUGCUGUAGUUUUUAACAAAUAUUA